CUCUUCCAGCAGGUGCGGGACCACUUCAGCUUCGAGACCUGUGGCAAUGAGACCUUCCCACAGCGGUACCUGGUCUCAGAAAAGUUCUGGAAGAAAGGAUUUGGACCCAUCUUUUUCUAUACUGGCAAUGAAGGUGACAUCUGGACUUUUGCUCAGAACUCUGACUUCAUAUUUGAAUUAGCAGCAGAAGAGCAAGCACUUGUGAUCUUUGCUGAGCAUAGGUACUAUGGGAAGUCUCUUCCAUUUGGACUUGAGUCAACACAUCUGAAGAAGACUGGUCUGCUUACCGUAGAACAAGCCCUCGCUGACUACGCAGUGCUAAUUACUGAGCUUAAGCAGCAGUACGGUGCUGCAGACUGCCCUGUCAUUGCUUUUGGAGGCAGCUACGGAGGAAUGCUGAGCGCUUACAUGAGGAUGAAAUACCCAAACAUUGUGGCUGGAGCGUUAGCUGCCAGUGCUCCUCUGGUGUCUGUGGCUGGACUUGGAGACCCCACCCAGUUCUUCAGAGAUGUGACAGCAGAUUUUCAGAAGUCUGGUCCAGGCUGCGUCACAGCUGUCCGCAAAGCCUUCCAGCAGAUUAAGGAUCUGUGCCUGCAUGGAGCCUAUGAUGAAAUCAGCAGUAAAAUGGCCACGUGCAAUAAGAUCUCUAACAAGGAGGAUGUUUACCAACUUUUCGGGUUUGCUAGAAAUGCCUUCACCAUGAUGGCCAUGAUGGACUACCCUUACAAAACCGAUUUCAUGGGGCACCUCCCUGCCAAUCCCGUGAAGGUCGGCUGUGAACAAAUCCUUGCCCAUGCAGACCCAAUUCGAGGCCUGGCUGCACUCGUUGGAUGUCCCAUGGUGGCACAUUGGUUCAUUCUCUGA